AUGAAAGAUCGGUCAAAGGGAGUCUAUAUCCACACAAUCAAAGAAACGACUGCUGUGUACGCUGAUUUUUCUGCAACAGUUCCUUGGAUACCUCCACUGGCGGUGUCAAAUGCUCCUGCUGAGAAGUUGUUUGGAGCUGGGGAAGACGAAACAGCAGAGGAGGCAGCACGGAACCUUCAAGCAAUCUUGAUAGAAGGAGUCCAGACUGCAGGUGCCGCGAAAGAUCUUAUCGUUGGGCUUGCCACGGAUGAUCCUCCAACAUAUUUUAUUGAUAACUACAAUGGAGAGCCGCUGGAAUUGAAGUUUGAUCCCAACCGAGUGGACAAGCUUGUUCAUGCUAUCCAGAUCAAAUCGUAUUAUUUGCUUCGAGCAAUAACUCUUAUGCUCGAAGCUGACGCCGAGAAUGAGCCACUCUGUUGGAAGGGCAAGUGCCAGCAAGCAAUGGUUGCUGUACAAGCCAAUACCGGAGAUAAAUCCAUCAGUAGUUACAAGACAAUCCAAGAGUGGCUACGGCAGUUUCGGGAGCAUCGUCGAUUCAACAACCCACUGAUGAGUGAGCGCAUCGGGAUAUCCCUUUUUGUGAACCAUCCAGAAGCCGCAACCGAAAUGAGAGACCAUGGCAAUCAACACAUUCAACAAUUGUCUGUUGACUUUAUGCAAGCCUUUCUCCGGUCUAACCUCAUUCCAAAGCUUGCCGCCAAGGAACAUGUUUCCGUCGAGGAAUUCUUACAGUCGAAUGGUUUAAAGAAUAUUUGCUGCAACACCACUCACCGUUGGUUGACAUUCCUUGGAUUUAAGAGGAGCCUAUACAAGAAGGGCUUUUAUACAGACAUUCAUGAGAGACCUGACGUUGUCUCUUCAAGGAUAGAGUACUGUAUCGAAUUGAUGAAGUUAGAGUUACACUCCGCUGUUUGGGUUCAGCUGCUCCCAUUCAGAGUACAAGAACUGAAAGAGACCAAUCGAAUCUACCCCAACAAUGAUGGCGUUCCUGUCCUCCAUCAAGGCCAAACCUUAUUUGAAUUUCAUGUUGACGAUAUUGUGGACUCUCAUAAUCUUCCGGAGCUCCAGGGAAAUCUGUUUGGAGGCAACUACAGCCUUCGACUGUCUGCCAAUGCCAGCCGUACAAUUGUUUGGGGGCAAGAUGAAGUUGUGUCGAAUGAGAAGGCAUUGAAUUCGAUGGCGUGGUAUGGGUCAGAGGGACAACAAGCGCUCCGACCCAAGGACCUUGGUUGCUCUAUCAUGAUAUCUGGAGUGGUUAGCAGGGAGGCAGGCUGGAUGCCUAUUCCAACACCAGAACAGCUACAAUUGAUUAAUGCAAACAGAGCUGGCAAAGACUAUGUUGCUAGAGAUGCGGCCAUUGCUGUCCACGGCAGCGCUGCCAAGCGUCCCUUCACAGAAAAGGAUAUCCAGAGUCG